UCUUCACCAUCUCAGACUUUCCAUCCAUAGAAGACCCAGAAGGGUUGCAAGGAGAAAACUAUGGCUUCCGCAAUGAUCAAAAAAUUCAGAGAGAAGGCCAAGAUCUUCCUAAGCGAGGAGCUAUGCAAGAAGAAAUCAAUUGAGCUCUUGGAAGAGAUGAAGUUGCCCAACAAUUUGCUACCAGUUAAUGAGAUGGAAGAGAUGGGCAUCAACAAAGAAGAUGGCUUCUUUUGGUUGAAGCUGAAGAAAGCCCAGAGGUACAGAUUCCCCAAAGUCGGUGAGACCCUCUAUGCUACAGAAAUCAGCGGCUUCAUCGAGCCUCGUCGGCUUAAAGACUUGAAAGGAGUGACUGCUAAGGAGUUGAUGCUCACCUUCACUAUCACUGAAAUUUAUAUAGAGGAUCCUUCCACUGGGAAGAUCAGCUUCAAGACUUCUAGUGGCCUUUCUCGUCAACACCCCAUCUCUUGCUUUGAGCUCCCCUAGUAGUCUUUCUCGUCAACUCCCCAUCUCUUGCUUUGAGCUCCUAAAACCUGACAGUGAAUGAGAAUCCGAAUAAAAUUAAGGAAAUGAAGUAAUAAAUGUUAUCAUAUGCUGUUGAUACUGAGAGAGGAUUUGUAUGCUUAUGAUUAUGAUAAUUAUAUGAAUGAAUAAAUUGGCUAAGCAUGGGGCAGUUUUGAA